GUACAGCACAGUCCAGGAAACGCAGGCGUCUAUUACUUCGCCUUGAAGACCCCCACCUUCUACUUCGUCCCGGAAACUCCUCCAUGGCAGGAUACGGCAAAGGCGCGGGCCGGGUGCCCACCGGCUUUGCGGCCGAAACAUUCAUUAGCGAAUCGAGCUUCCGAGAAGGCCACCGGGCACUGGAACCCGGCGCAAACGGGAAGAAGCGGAAGAGAGAGAACAAGGGCGAUUUGAGCGUUGUGUCGGGCGCCGGUGCGUACAAGGGCCCCUGGGCAAGGUACGAGGAGGAGCGGCCAGAUGCGGCUUCCGACGAGGAAUUCGGCAGCGAUGAGGAGGUCGAGAUUGUAUACGAGGAGGACGAGCUGGAAGACAACCCCACGGCGCCAACGAAGAAGCUGGCAGGCACAGACUACGCGGACACAGAAGCGGCGAGCGAGACGAGCGAGUUCGUGGGCAGCCAGCAGUACGACUACCAGGGCAGGACGUACAUGCAUGUGCCAAAUGAUCUCGACAUCAAAUUGACCGGCGAGCGCGACGACAUCAAGAACUUUCACCCGAAGAAACUCAUUCAUACCUACAAAUACCACACGAAGUCGAUCACACAGGUCCGCUUCUUCCCUGGCAGCGGUCAUCUGCUUCUCUCCGCCUCCGCCGACUCCAAGAUCGCAUUGUGGGACACAUACCAUCAACGAGAGCUUCUGCGGACGUUUUCUGGGCAUACCAAGUCUGUCAACGACAUCGACUUCAAUCCCAGCGGAACACAGUUCGUUUCGGCGAGUUACGAUCGCUACAUGAAGCUGUGGGACACCGAGACUGGGAAAUGCCUCAACAAGUUCACUAGCGGGAAGACCCCCCAUGUGGUGCGAAUCAACCCAAGUUCGCCGCAUGAGUUCCUCGCAGGAAUGGCGGACAAGAAGAUUCUCCAGUACGACACCAGGAGCGGAGAGAUGGUGCAAGAAUACGACCACCACUUGGGCCCAGUCAACACAAUCACCUUCUGCGACGAGGACCGCCGCUUCGUCACCACAUCCGACGACAAGUCUCUCCGCGCCUGGGAAUACGGCAUCCCCGUGCCGAUCAAAUUCAUCGCCGAGCCGUACAUGUUUUCCAUGGUCCGCUCGUCCCCGCAUCCCUCAGGAAAAUACAUCGCCUUCCAGUCCUCCGACAACCAAAUCACCGUCUAUUCCUCGACGGACAAAUUCCGCCAGAACCGCAAGAAGAGCUACCGCGGGCACAACGUGGCGGGCUACGCGCCAGAUGUCGCCAUCAGCCCCGACGGACAGCUCAUCAGCUCCGGCGACAGCGGCGGCUACGUCUGCUUCUGGGACUGGAAGACGUGCAAGAUGUACCACAAGAUCCAGGCGAGCGAUGCGCCCGUCUUGGCGGUGCAGUGGCACCCGCGGGAGACUUCCAAGGUUAUUACGGGCGAUCUUAACGGCGUGCUCAAGUACUGGGAUUAGGUAGAGAAUACGAGCGACGCGAGCCGCGGGAAGGCGGACGCGGGAGGUAGGCGGAGGUUUCAGGGGAGAGGAACGAAAGGAGUAUGGCGGAGGAGUGGAUUGGAAUGAUACCCAUGCUUGUUCACCAGACGCAUCCGCGUCGAUCGAACGCCUGCCACGUCUUGCUUUGCUUUUCUUAGCCUGUGCGAAGUGCGCGUCUCUCAAUGGAG